AUGACCUUAAAGAUGAUGUACCCUGUAGAAAGUGAUAUACCUCACAUUAAACCAGCCACUCUCUGUCAGCUUGUAACAGAUACAGAAGAACAACAAUGGCGGCAGACAGAAAUCAGGGACACAGUUGCUGAUGCAGACAUUGAACCUGAAGAUCUUGGACAAACUUUACUUAAGCAUGGUACAAGUGUAAAGAAAAUCAACAGCUAUUUUAUGAAUUUAGAAUCCAGGAGAUUCUGUAUGUUAUUAGCUGGUAGAAAGUCUACUUUUACCAAUGUUGCUCUGGUUGGUGAAGGACAUGAUGAAGAAAUUGUUACCAAUAGUAAGCUUAAAGAAGAAUAUAAAGUUCACCAUCUAGAUUCCAAGGAUUUUCAAGUGUUCCAGCAUGCUUACCUAUGUGCUACCUUUCCUGUACUUGGUGCACCAGAUCCACCAUCCCCAUUCACACCCUCACCUGUUGAGUCUAAUGACAGCGAUACCAAGAGGUUUAGCUUUAAUAAAAUACCACAAAGUCGAACUGCCACACCCUAUUCCUUACAAGACAGUGGGGUGGAGGACCAGGAUGAGACAGCCGUCAUACCAACAGAAACACUGUGUGAAUUAAUCAGAAGAAGUUUUCACUUGUCACCUUCACAAUAUAACCAAUAUGAAAAAAUUAUUGUGUCCAAUUUCAAAAAGAGAUCUGCUCAGAAGUUAUUAGCAGAAGAAUUGUGUAAACAACUGAGUUUUGUGGAGAAUAAUACCAACCCAUUUUAUAAUCCUCAUACAUUUAUGACAAGAAAUGGUUAUGAUAUUUGGCAACACAAUGAAAGAGCUCAAGUAUCAGAAUUACUUGAUAAAUUCUGGCAUUUUUCCCUGCCCUUCCCUAGUGGUAGUGAUACAGAUGGCUCAAAAAAACACUCCUUUCAUCAUGACUAUUGUAUCUUGUUAAAUAAAUUACUUAAAUAUGAAAGUCAAUCUAAAAUGGAUUGUAGUGAAAUAGAUAAACCACUAUAUGGUUUACUAUCUUCAGCCUCACUAAGACUACUCAGAGAGUUUGGUUUGCGAUAUGGAAUAGGAGAGCAGUAUAGAAGGAUUGUGUAUAUAAAAUAUUUAACAGAGAAAUUAAGCUUUAAUGUAUGGUAUUUACAUCAUAUAGUUACAGUAUUAUCAACUAUAUAUGAAGUAUUACCUCACAAUAGAGGUACUUUAGUUAUGGUCAGAGAGGAGUAUUUAAUGUUAGAUGAAAGUGUUCAGUCUAUCAUUGUCCAGACAUCUAAAGCUUUAACCCAGAUGAAAAACCUUUUUCCUAAUAAUCAACCUCCAGAGGGAGUGGAGUUAUUGCUAGAUCUUCUGUCUAUAGCUCAAGAUAUUAAAUCCUAUCUUACUCUAGAGAAAAAACCAGUGAUGAAACAUUAUUUACAUUCAUUGUUAAAGGACAUAUUUAAACCAGCAUAUGAGCAACACAAAAUGGUGGCACAAGCUGAACUGGGUAGAGAAAAUAGUCUUUGUCCUAAAUUAUUAAAUAUAUUAAUAAAUAAUAUCAGAGAUGAAAUAUUGGAUUAUAAAACCAACUUUCAGCAGAUAUUUGACAGGUUUUUUGAUAUAUCUGAAUUAGCAGCUCAAAGUUUUUAUUCUUUAUUGAUGCAAGAUAUAGAAAAUGUCCUGGAUUUUGAGAAAAAGAAUAAGCCAAUGGAUAUCAGCUUAUUGAUGUUAGGUUUAGCUUAUAGGUUGAACCAAUUUGAUCAAGAUUUUAGUCAGUAUAUUCUACCUCAAUAUCAAGUAUGGAGAAGUUACUAUGAAGGUGAAGUUGUUCAAUGGGCUGUAGCUUUUAGAGUUCAGUUACAGAAUUUAGUUUUAAUGUCUGUGGAAAAUGAUCAGUUUAAGGGGAAAGAAAUAUGUCUAGAAGGUCCACUGUCUCAACCUACCAGUAGAACAGUCAGCAGAAGAAGUUUUAAUUUCUCUCUGAAGUCAUUAACACCAUCCGUUAACAGUGCCUUCAGUAGUAUUCAUUCUUCUGUUAUUUCAACUCCUAAACAUGUGCAUGAACAUAUAAUCAAAACCAAGAGUUCUACUAUUAUUGAACAGAGCCCAGAACAGAUUCCAAAUGGCUUUCCUGAACCACAAUUUAACUUUGAUACUCAGUCUUUAAAUGUCCCUGAAACCACAACAAGAUAUAUUGGUGGAAUACGAACUUCCAAUUCCUUGCCAGACAUUAUUAGAACUACGACGGAAAGACAACCCCAGUCUUCCUUGGAUAUCACUUGUCAGUCAGUCCACAGUCUGGAUAUACAAGAUGAUCCUACUCUAUUCAGUACACAUUCUGACUCUAAUAGAACCCCUACUGCAGGUUUACAGGGUAAUGGUGAUGAAGGUCAAGUUCAAGGUCAUUCACAGGGUCAAGGUUACAAUUAUGAUUCUGAUACAGAUGAAGAAAUAGGAGAAGUAAUGAAGAACUUUCAUGAAUCUGUUGAUGAAGCUGAUAGUGUUUCUCCUGUCAGUGAAAAAGUUGCCUAUAGUUUUCCACAAAUAUCUACCAUUAAAGUUGCAAAAAGCAGUAGAACUGCUGACAGUUUGAAUCGUAUGAGACAAAAUAGCUUGCCAUCUACUACAGCGCCAUCUAUUGGUGUACCUCAAAGCUCAGGAUUCCUAUCCAAAAUGUACACAGCAUUCUUUAACAAAUCAGGAUCGAAUAGUUUACAGACUUCUAGAGAUGAUUUGACUUCCGAUGUGGGCAACUCGACCUUACAGUCGGACUUUAUGGAUUCCCUUGUGUCAGAUCUGUCCACAGUAACAAUGCCUGACUUCCCAAAUUCUAAUGUUCUACUGCCUGUAUCAGGCUCAGCUAUUGAUAUGAUGGUACUUUUACAACGUAAUAUAUACUUCGUUCAAAUGUUGUGUGAUAUUAUAUAUCCUUCCAUCCAAUCAGAAGAACUUCCAGGGGUUUCCUGUGAUACUAUAAUUAGACUGGAAUUCCAACAGUUUACUGCUAAACAAGAUGUUUAUAGCAGAUUUUUAAAGACAAUACGUGAGACUAUAUGUAUGUACGUUGAUAAUAUGUUGUCAUUAGAUUUAUGUGGUUCAUCUUUAUCUCUGUCUAAGAAAAUAUUGGGACCUCAGCUGAUAGAAUAUAUUCAAACUCAACAAAUAAGUGGAUUAUUAUGGGGAUGUCGACAUCAACUGAAACCACAAACAGAUUGUUUACAAUAUGCCAAUAAACAAACAAGCUAUUUAUGUGAUAGAUAUGAACCAAUUACUCAACAGAUGUGUAGUAGAGUAAACAAUGUGUAUUUAUUAAGUAAAUUAUUGGAACAUUAUGAACAGCAGUUACUACUGUCUAUAAAUUUAACCCAUGGUGAAGAAGACUAUGUUGGUAUAGAAGAUGAUGUUGAUAGUAAUACUGGAAGAGAAUCAGCUGUUUCCGAUUCCAGUAAUUAUUCUAUGAUAGAGAGUUUAUUUGAUGGUGAUAAUGAAGAUGAUGAGAUUAAGAAUUAUUGUAGAAAAACAGCCAUCAAUAAACCAUCUUUAUCUUUUAUACAAACUCAUAUCAUGUCAGUAUUACGUGGUAUGGUGAAAUUAUUGUCUUAUAGGUUGAACUUAUUUCUGAAAGAUGCCAUACCAUUAUUGUUAGAGUUGAAGUCUACCAAGGAAUCUGUAGGGAAGUGUCUCAGACCUAUUAUAGAUUUUCUAACUAAUUAUUUUACUAGUCUCAGUCAAUGGUUAUAUAAAGAUUGCUAUUUGAUGCUUCAUGAAAAUCUGUGGAUAUUCAUUGUCCAAGAUUUUGAGCUGGAAGUUGAUAAAUUAAAGAAAGAAGAAAGAGGUGUACAGACCAAGGCACAGAAUCUUAUCCAGGCUAUUACAUAUUUAUUAAAGUUUAUGAAUAAUAAUGAUAAUGGUAUAUCAAAGAAACUUCUAUUAUCACAAGCUGAAGAUGUUUUAUUUCAACUUCAAUUGUUUACCCUAACAACUAAACAACUUGUAUCUCUAUAUCUUACUCUUACAAAACAGAAUGAACCUCAUCUGAUCACUGUAGACCCAGCUAUGACGACCUUACUAUAUAAACUAUGUGAAGAUCUGGAAACUAAAAAUAAAUGUUUUAAUGGUCAUAUUCUAGUGAGUUGGUUGAUGUACCACAAACAUUUAGUACAUAAAAUAGAUCCUUCAUAUAAACUGGGACCAUUCUAUAGAGAGAAAGCUGUGGAAUUUUGUCAGAAAUUGUUAAAUCUUCACAUACUGGUUGAUAUUGAUGCCAGCUCUCCUGCAGACAGGAACCAAUGUACUACUCCCAGCCUAGACGGUGUUCCUAUUCACUAUCCUGGAAUAACAGUCUACUCUCAAUACUAUCAUGACGCUUAUACUUCUUCUGAAGAGGAGAUAACUCCUACUGGCUCACCAAGACCACACAACAAUUCAAACACACCCAGAGUUACUCCAAAAUCUGCUCAACAAGAUAUAUCUAGAGACUCACCUAAUCCAGGCAAUGUUGAAAACUUUGUUGAAGUAGAAGUUGAAGUGAAUACUGUACAGUCAAUGACUCAAAUUCCUCAGAUUGUGUGUGAUAGUGAACAUUGUGGAGACGUUCUUGAUUCUGACCCUGUAGUUCAGAAUGAAAAUGACAGGGCAACAAAGCUGGAUGAUAGAGACAAAUUGGGACCAAAGAAUAGCAAUUGUGAUAUGGAAAUAGGUCAAAAUGACCAAAAUGAUUUAGAAUGUGUUGAACCUCAAGUUUUUGAAAAUGUAAACAAUCAAAACGAUUCUAGUGAUCAUAUUCAGGGUCCAAAUUCUGAACUGACAUAUCGUGAUAUGUUAAAAUCCCGAUAUAUGACUGAUCGUGAUAGUGUAGGAUCAGGUUUAAAUCUGACAUCUAGUCGGGAUAGCUUGACAUCACGAGAAGAUCUAGACUCUUCCAUAUCUAGUGAGAAAUAUCAGCCUAUUACUGAUGAAUAUUAUGAAGAAGUUGUGAACCGUUCUAUCGACUCUAGGUUGGAUAAGGACUCAAUUCAGGGAGACGAAAAUCAACAUUCUAAUAGAAAACAAACUAUAAAACUGCCAUUGUUUAGUCAAAAAGCUCAGAUUGAUUCAUCACGGACAUCAUCUCUGUCCACAGCUUCCAGUCGCUUCCUUCCAUUCCACGACAGUAAAAUGCACUUUUAUUAUAUUGACGAAGCUUAUAUCUAUGGAAAUCAAAAUUUCACGCCGAAGGCUGACAAGUGCAAUGAACAUGUGUAUAAUUCAGAGACAUUGCGUUUAGCGGAAAAGUGUUUCCAGAAAAAAAUAAGCCCAUUAUAUUUAUUAGUUAUCAUGUAUGGUAGGAGAAAGUAUGAUGUAAUAGCUAAAAGUGUAAUAUAUCAGUUAUCUAAGUCAGUUAUACAGGAGAUAAAAGAUUAUAUAGAUAUACCAUCUAAUACAUGUAUCAGUAGCUGA